AACAAACCUAACAAUCUGAGAUACAAGUCAUAAGUUUAGUGAUUAUACUGUACAAUUUUGAUUCAUUAUAAUAACCCAAAAUAACGCGGCAAUGUUAACAGAACUGAGACCAUCAAAGGAUCUACUGGACUCAAACUUCUCUGGGUACAAACUAUCCUUAGAUCCAAUACCAGUGUAUCGUCAGAGUAUUGUCGAAGGUGUAGACCAUGUUGGCCAGAGUGAAGAUCAGUAUUCAUUCAUCCACACAAAGUUGUUCUCUCUCCACAACCAUUUGUACUGCGACCCCUGGCGUGACAACACGGUUGUCUUCAUUGAUAACAAGUGGCAAGUCAUCAGGGCUUCUGUCCUUCCUGAGACAGGUAGAGUGGACGGGCUACAGACGGUGUGGAAGCUACCGCACCAGAACCAACGUAGAGUUGGCCACUUUAACACCAGCGUGCUGUUCCCCAGCAGAGACAUUGCGUUGGUAGCCGAUGGUUGCGGCCGUCUGCACAUCCUCGACUGUGCCAAUGACACUUGGCAGUGUGAGCACAGCCUAGAAGUGACAGCAGACUGUGGAAAUGUGCUGAUGACAGCUGCAGUUACUGCUGAAGCUGCACUGCACUGUGUGCUGCUGUCUCUGGAGGCUAUAACGACAGAUCCUGUAUCAUCUGCUGACCCCAACAAACCCCGACCUGCCUCUGUCAAAUCAGUUCUCCAUUGGCUGACUCUUAAAAAAGUUGACGGUGGAACAUGGAGUGUUGAGUGUACUAGACAGUUGGAAGGUGCAGGAGCUGUUGACUACGUGGCACUUGAACCUACAGGUGCUGCUCUCUAUGUGGCCAGUAACACCACCUUUGCCUUUUCAUUUGACUCUGCUAAUCCUCUUCCACCAUCUGCAGAGAAAACAAACAACGAUGAACUGAAUCCUCCAGCCUACACUUGGCAGCAGAGUGAAGAUGACAUUAAGGUCGUAGUUGAGGUGGCUGAUGGUGUGACCAGAGAUCAGAUUGAUGUCAAGGUAGAGGCCAAGCUACUGAUGAUCUGCUGUGGGACGACUACAAUAGUAGAGGGACCUUUGCUGUAUACUGUGGACCACAAACUAACCACUUGGAGUCUACAAGACAACAGACUGGAGGUGACUCUAACCAAGCAGGAGGUAGGACUGAUGUGGUCAGAGCUUGUACCAUCAGACACUACAGGAAGACAAGUGAUAGACCCAGCUGUAGUGGAGGAGGUCCACUCUAGACUGAGCCACCUCUGCAGCGACACGCAGGUGAAGGAGUCAGGAGAGGGGGUCGCUCCCACCUUUAACCUGGAUCAGCUGGAGGAGUGUGAUUCAGCCCCAGAGGACAGCAGAAGUCUGGUCAGACUGGAGCCUGAGACACAUUCUGUCUCUCAUUACAUCUCCCUGGCUGGUCACCAGUGGCUUACAGCUGUGUUGGAGACUGCGGACUAUCCUGCGUGUGUCUGUGUGCGUCAUGACGUUGACGGCUGCGUGUGGAGACUAGACCCUCCCUCCUCUACCUCAGCAGAGUGGCCGUGCAAACAUGUCGGCACCUUUGCAGCUCUGGGCUAUGUGGCGGCCUCCAAGACACAGCGGAAGUUCCUAGUUGCUGCACAAGACCUGUCGUAUGCCGUGAUCUGUGAAGCAGCCAGCCGCGUCUAUGUUUACCGCAAAGCUACCAAGGUCAACGGUGAGCUGAGGAAUCGCAAGACUUCGGCUAGGUUUGAAACUGUUGCUAAACAACAACUUAUCAAUUUAGAAACUGAUUCCCCAGUUCUGGGAGUGUAUGCUUCACCUACAUACUUGUUCAUUCUUACAAAUGAUACACUUUAUACUUUUCACAUUCAAUAAACCUACUUAUCAAA